UUGGAAUUGGAGAUGGAAACGGGACGACAAGUGACUUGAUGAUUGAUGAUGGUUGAUGGUGAAACAGUUACAGGACAUGUCACCAUGUACAGAUCAUGCGAUAGAUGGAGCCAUGGAGGGGUUGCUGUGGCUGCUGUGAAAUUGGCGAUGCCACUUUUUUGGUGGCGGUGGCAUUCUUUGUCAAAGUGACUCCGUAUCAGCACUCAGCACCACGAUUCAUUCUACUCUUCAGGUACACUAGUCUACACAUUUCUACACGAUAUUAUACAGAUAUCUAUUUACAUAUAUCGGUAAUUACUGCCGCGUCUCCCAUGUCUGUCGUGGUUACCUUGUCGCUUGUGUCAGCAUUAUGCAUCAGUAAUUAUCAAAGCAAGUUGCAGGAAACUCCUUCUGUACCCCGUCCAUGACCUCAUCGAUCCCUUGUGAGUCGGACUGACCAAGAUACGCCGUUCCACCUUUUCAGGGUCUGGAUUGUCGACCCUGAACGAUCUAUCUGGUCUGGGUUGGAAUUUCCCGGCGUGGCUAUCGCUACAUUCGGGCAAUCACCCC